UUUUCACCAGUCAUGACAUAGUCAAUAAUCCAAUCCUUACCCUUAUCUACCUCGUUUCUUGCCACUCUACCCCUAAAACCCAUAUAUAAAUAUAACCUAAAGAUGACAAAUUUAAUCAUUUAAACCAAAUAGAGACACUUUAUCAGCACAACAGAAGAAGAAGAGAGUUAAAAUUUGGAUGGAGAAACCAACCAAGUCAAAGAAAAAUAUGAUCUUGAAAUUAUUGCCAAAAGCAGCAGCUGCUGCUGUUAUAUUCCAAAAUCCUCCAUUUAGUCCAGGUAGAGAAAAAAGAUUAUCACAUCUUCAUCAUAAUCACAAAGGAUUUUCUGGUCCUAUUUUAAUUCCAGUAGAAGCUAGAUCAAGAAAGUCAAAUAAUGAAACAACUCAAGAACCAACUUCACCAAAAGUUUCAUGCAUUGGUCAAAUCAAACAAAGGAAGAAGAAAAUGAUUAAAACACCAAAGCCAGUGGAGAAAAAUUCAGUUUCUUCUUUAGUUGAGAGUAAUAAGAAGAAAUCAAGAUCCAGUUUUAGGAAUAUUUUUCAAAGAGGUGGGAGAAAAUCUGAUGCUUGUAAUUCAGCUGAAAAUAAUAUUUCUAGUGAUAUUCAAAAUAGAGUACCUUGUAAUUUGAGUCAAAUGAAAAAAUUUGCUAGUGGUCGUGAAAGUAGUUUGUCAAAUUUUGAUUGGAAAAAUGUGCAAAUUACACCAGAAGAUCAUAGGAAAUGUUAUUCAGAUGAUGAUAGAUCAGAAUAUUGUGAUGAAGAUGAAGAUGAAGAUGAAGAAGAAGAGGUAAUUAUUCCAUUUUCAGCUCCAAUAUUAGUAGGUAGUAGUAGAGAUAAACCAAAUUUUCCAUUGGAGCCAAAGAAGGAAAUUAAUUUAUGGAAAAGGAGAACCAUGACCAAACCAAAUCCUCUCCAAUUGAUGAAAAAAUAAGGUUACAUACUAUACGUUGUGUAUAAUUUUCUUUCAUUAAUUUGUUGUUCUUGAUUCAUUUCAGUUUAAAUUUAGUUCACAUAUGAAGUUGUAAUGUAAAUUAUGUUGCUCCGAAUUUUUCAAAAAUUUCGACUUCCCCCGUCAAAUCUUUUAAAAUUAAAUGGUAUAUGACAUGGAUGCUAUAUAUGACGUUUUUGAAGAAUUCGAGCAACAAAUUAAGAUUGUAAAUCAAAUACUGCCAUUUAGUAUUACAAGUGUGUUUUGUUGAACUCUUGUAUAUAUUCAUAUUAUGAUUCUAUGAUCCUUGUGGCCAGGAGCGUAAGGGGUUCAUGUGAAUCCUUUUAGGGUAGAAUAAAGUAUGUAUAUACACUACUCUUUCCAGAUUUUA